AUGUAUGGUGAUGAAACUGUUCAAUUGGUGAGGAAUAACUUGGUUCAUAACUUGUCGUGGAGCGAUGUUGAAGUGUUGGAGAAGUCGACGUUUGAUGAUGGGUUGGCCCUUCAAGUUAUUCGUGCACAGCCUUCCAAUGAAGUGUCCCAGGACGAUGCGCAGGAUAGAAAUGCAGAUGGGUUCGAAUACAUUGUGCCUAUUGAAAUGUCCCAACAUUUAGCCAGUUGGCUGACUGUUAAGAUGAUGGAGGAUAUCUUUGUCAAGAUGUUGCCUUUGGGGACGAAAAGGUUCAUUAUGGCUGUGGUCAGUGACGACGGGACGGUGAUGUUCUAUUACGUUUACGAAGGUGUGCACAAACCUAGAAGAAAUUGA